CAGCUAUUAAAAGAUCGAAAUUUAAUCGUCAAACAGCUAAGGUAAAACUAAAACCCUAUCUAACUGAUCGCUGCGUCUUCAAAGUCUUCGAUCUGCUCGUUUGGAGAGAGAAGACGCUAUUCAGAUCCUUUGUUUCUCUCUCUCUUCUGUUAGGGUUUUGUUCGUUGUUUCGUUUAUUUUUGACGUGAUUCGGAGGCGGAAUUGAAUAAGAGUAGCCAUGAAGAACAAUGAACGGAUAGCGAAUUUGGCUUUGGCAGGUUUAACGUUGGCACCACUUGUUGUGAACGUAAACCCAAACAUAAAUGUUAUCUUGACAGCAUCCCUCACAGUUUAUGUGGGAUGCUACCGAUCUGUCAAGCCAACUCCACCAUCAGAGACUAUGUCUAAUGAGCAUGCUAUGCGCUUUCCCUUUGUUGGGAGUGCAAUGUUGUUGUCACUGUUCUUACUCUUCAAGUUUCUUUCAAAAGACUUGGUUAAUGCUGUGUUGACUUGCUACUUCUUUGUUCUGGGGAUCAUCGCUCUUUCGGCAACGAUCUUACCUGCUAUAAAACGGUUCCUGCCACAGCAUUGGAAUGAGGACGUUAUUGUCUGGCGUUUUCCGUAUUUCCGUUCUUUGGAGAUUGACUUCACAAGGUCUCAGAUUGUUGCAGCAAUCCCUGGGACCUUUUUCUGUGCAUGGUAUGCUUCCCAGAAACAUUGGUUAGCUAACAAUAUUUUGGGCCUCGCAUUCUGCAUUCAGGGAAUUGAAAUGCUUUCUCUUGGGUCUUUCAAGACUGGUGCCAUUCUUUUGGCUGGACUUUUUGUAUACGAUAUAUUCUGGGUUUUCUUCACACCAGUUAUGGUUAGUGUUGCAAAAUCAUUCGAUGCUCCUAUCAAGCUUUUGUUUCCAACAGCAGAUUUUAAACGACCAUACUCCAUGCUUGGACUUGGUGACAUUGUAAUCCCUGGUAUUUUUGUGGCGCUAGCACUGCGAUUUGAUGUAUCUAGGGGAAAAGGGUGCCAUUAUUUUAAGAGUGCAUUUCUGGGAUAUACAGUUGGUUUGAUCCUCACUAUUAUUGUCAUGAACUGGUUUCAAGCUGCACAGCCUGCACUUUUGUAUAUUGUACCUUCUGUAAUCGGAUUCUUGGCUGCUCACGUCUUAUGGAAUGGUGAAGUCAAACCGUUGAUGGAGUUUGAUGAAUCAAAAACUGCUGGAACAUCUGAAGAAGGUGCCGAUGCCAAAUCUAGCAAGAAGGUAGAAUGAACUUAAUGCCCCAGUUUAGCGAGAAAUACUUUAUUCUCCAUUUUGAGGAACUGAAAACCCUCCAAGCUAACUAAUGCAGCUGCCCAACAUUGUAACAGAUUUUGGAAUUAAGCAAGAAAUAAUAUUGAAGCCCUUUUGUCUUUUUCA